AAGAUUCAACCGGAUACGGAACUUGCCAAUGCAUCCAUCCUACUUUUCUAUCUUCACCAACAGCCUCCGGGAGCUGGAUUUGUCUGACAAUCACAUCGAGAUAGUCGGUAUCAGUUCUCUGGCAGUCCUUUCCAAUUUAACUACGCUCAAGCUGGACCGCAACCACAUUAGUGUGCUGGCUCCAAACCUUCUCUUCAGUUGGCCCCGCCUCACCUAUUUCUCUGCAACAAUGAACCAAAUUGAGGCGCUUCCGAUCAGCUUUCUGCAGCCACUUUUCUUUUAUGAUGCUGACUGGUCGUUGACUGGUAACAGGAUAGAGUGUGACGCUUCGCUGUGCACCGUGCAGGGCUCGGCAGUGGACACGUCCACCGGUGGUCUUCGUAACGCCACCAUGUGCCACAACAUCCCCGGCACGUCUCUACUGCAGUAUAUACAAAACCUGUCUGGCCUGACACCCCCCACACCACCGACGUGUUCAUCCUGCAGUUCCCCUAGGACGCACUGCCAGACAACACGGUGUUCAGCGGUGUGCAUUCCCCCGUCACUAGCUCAAGACAACUGCUCGUACACCUCUGAUGGAGCGGUGCGCACGGCUGGCUACGGCAAUGCCGUCGUGACGUCGUGUUCGGUGUCCGUCAACGGGACGAUGCGCGAUGGUCACGUGGCCAGCGUCUGCGGCUUUGGAGGCAUGCUGCACAACCAGACGGGCUGCAUGCCUAAUGUGAUCAACGCCAUACACACGGCGGAAGUAUUCCCGCCGCACGACCCCUGCCGACAUGCGCAGGCCGUAUGCCCCGGGAACAGCAGAUGCCAGGGCGUUUUCAGCAGCCCCGGCACCAGCACGAGUGCCAGCCCGUCCACCAGUAGUUCCGACCCCACCACCCGUCCCGCAAGCAGCGGUGGAAGCAGCAGCAAAGGUGGGGAGUCUUCAUCCGUGUCGGACACCGAUCAGGGGCAACAUGGCCAAGCCAGCGGUGGAUUAGGUGGCGUCGUGGGAGCCAGCGGCGCUACUGGCAGAAGUGUACGAAGCAUUGGUGCGGGCAGUGCUGCCAGAAGCAGCAGCAGUGCUCAAUCAUCCAGCAGCAGCAGCAGUAAUAGCAGCAGUAACAGCUCGUUUUCAACUUAUUCGUAUAUCUGCGUUUGUCUUGGUGGCAUAGUAGCUGAUAGGGUACAUGGCUGCAACAGCAGCAGCAGCAGCAGCAACAGCAGCAGUCAAGAUAUAGCUGGCCCCUCAUCUAUUAGUCCCGUAAUACCGAAUCCCGAUGCCGGACAGCCAUCUUACAGUCAGCCAUGCAGUCCCUCUCAAGACAGCUGUCCACCCCAUAGACAGUGCGUCGUCGACCCAGCCUCGACGAGCGGAGUUAAAUGCGUUUGCGUCGCAGGCAUCGCACAUCAAGAUGAUCCGGAGUGUGGCCAGGACGCUAACAGUACUAACAGCAGCACCGCUGUUCCCGUGUCAGCCACACAGGCUGCACCCUUGCCACCAACACAGGCUGCACCUUUGCCGCCGGGCAGCAUAGGUGUCGCUCCCAUUGGCACGACGGCGGACGGCAUCGGUUUUCCGGUCGGCGGUGAUCCGUGCGCCACUAGCCCGUGUCCCGUUGAGUUGUGCUCGGCCGACACGACCUCCGUACUCGGGUACACGUGUGUCUGCGCUGACGGUAGUGCUUUCGACGUCAGUACUGGAUGCUCCACGGGAAAAGCGGUCGGUCCAGGCCCUGCAAUCCCAACCACCGGCAAGGAUCGUGACUCUCUAAUCUUGCCAUCAACCACAGCCCAGGCUAAUACGAGUCGUACUCCAACCGACCUUGGCGAUCAACCACACUCAUCUACCACUGCUACAGCGCCCAGUCGGAACGAAUCAUCUGAUUCCAGCGUGGGACAGUCGGUGGACGUGUGUGCAGCUGGUUUGCAUAACUGCACUGGGCCCAAAGAGAAUUGCAUCGCUCACAAUCUCAGCACGGCUAAUCGGAGCGAGGCUGCUGGUUUUCGGUGUGUGUGUCAAGGUGGGGCAACACCUCACCCCUUGAUCGGUUGCCAAGAAGAGCAAAGUAAAGCUUCUGGGAACAGUAGCAGCGUAGCGGGCAUUGUUAGUGGCAUUGCCGGUGCACUGCUAAUCAUAGGUGUAGUGCUGGGAGUGCGUCAGUUCCUCACAAGUCAGCGUACUAGAUGUGACUCACAAACGUCAUUAAACUCAGAGCCGAGAAUGAAGAGCCUGAGCAAAUCAAUCAGCCUUGGCCAGGUGAAGAAAGGUCGAGCGCCAACCGUCACCAAAGAGAUCUGCCCGAACACGGCCAGCCUGAUGAACAUGCCCGCGAAUGAGGACUACACCCAGCUCUACGCCGGCUCCCCGUGUGCCGGCCAGUUGCCGGUGACAUCAUCGUCGUCGUCGUCGAAGGACCCCAAUCGCCUGUCCUCCGGCGAUCCUGUCUACGUGACGACCGUCUCCCCGACGCCAAGCCUGCUAUCGCGGUUAGCGGCCAAGGUGAACGGUGUGAGCGGUGGUCAUGUGACCUACGGCGCCAUGUCAUCCGACAGUGUUGACAGCCAGUCCACCGUCACGGUCGGGGCACACCUGGCCAGGGACGGCGAACUGAACGAGGUGUUCGAGGACGCGUCCACCACCGAAAAGUGGCCACGACGGCCGCCCGGAGCCGAACACAAACACGAGCAGAACAGCGCUGGCACUGGCGCUGGUGGUGGUGGUGAUGACAGUCGCAAGACCGCCCUGCUGCAGAAGUUUGCCCUGCGCAUACCCGUGCGACGCAGCGUGUCGUCGAAGAGCUCCUCCGAGGACAGCGGCACGGGUAGCAGUGUCGGUGGCGGAGGCAAAGUCGCCGAUCACGCCAGAGUCUGCGACAUUUGUAAGCUGAACUCCGCUUGCUGCGAGUGCCGCACUGCCUCAACUAGCCGCAGCUAUCAGGAUGUCUCCCCGCUCUUCACCAAUCAGGACUCGCCCAGCAUGUGCGACCCGUCCAUCACCUGCCUGGAGGGGAGACUUAGCGUGGCCUGCAAUGCGCAAGGUGUGUCAAACGCGUCACCCAACUGCAAUCGCCGCAAGAACGCCGAGUGGAAAGUGCCCAUUUCGGAGAUGGACCUGGCGCUGGACUCGGACUGCAGCGACGACCAAUCCAGCGGCAUACACAGUGCGGGAAGUGGUGGUGGUCAUGGCUUGGACGCCAGGAACAGCAUGACACGCUCGUCGCAGGUUACCAUGGUGAGCGAAUCAGUCACGUCCCACGGCAACACGGCGUGGCUGUCUCCCAGCGAUCUGACUGAGGACUCGGGCGUCACCGGAGGUCACAACUUCGGCUCGCUUCUCCCCAGCCAUGGCGGUCACCGAUCAAGCGAGGUGGUCGACCCUGACAACGGCGAAGAGCGCACCACCACAGCGACGAUGACGACAAAGUCCAUCGUCAAGCGCAUUUCCCGGAGUUUCCGCCGCCACGGCCGCGUCUCCACCGAUUCGGACGCGCCGUCGAUGGGAAAGAACGCGCUGAAACGGGAGUCAAGCGGCACUGCCGACUUCACUAAUGUUCACAACUCGGCAAACCUCCCUGACAGCUGCCCGCUAGAAAUUCCCGCCGGCGCCGACAUGGAGGCGUUCCAGCAGAUGCUCCUUGCCGAGAAACUACAGGGCGACGGCGCAAUGUACGAUGACAUUGACUCGUGCACGGCUGCUGCUGGCCUGGCGGAGAAGAAAGUGCCACCACCGCUACCUCCUCCGUCGUGCCCGUCCAAUAGUCUCGACCCCGUGCACUUCUUGUCGGCGAGCGCCCCUGCGUCGGACACGUACGAACUGGCCGUUCAAGCGGAGCAAACUUAUCAGGUGUACGCGCCAUGCGAUCCUGAAAUCCGGGAACCCCCCACCACGCGGGUGUCCAUCUGCGAGGAUGCGUACGCCGAGCUGGUGACCGACUCUCCGCCGUAUCCGUACCAAAAUAACCAACUGGCCGGCGAUGAUGUGGGCUACGACGACCUACGGACACAUACGUUCCACGCCAGUGCCGACAGCCGCGGCGCCUAUGCCAACCCAGACUCUCCUAGCAUGCCAGCCAACGCUGCUGUAGAGAACGGCUAUACCAAACUGGGGGCUGAUAAUCCGCACUCCGAUAGCGGUGUGUAUGACAAGCUGAGUGCUGACCGUGUGCCCACGACCACCGCUGGCCUUAGCGAUGGCAAGCUGUGAACGGAGUUCCGCGGUCACAGAAGUUCUCAGGAAGAUUCUGACUUUGCACCGCGCACACACGUUACUACCUGGUGCGAUGAUUUGUGAAUACUGGAAGAAUUCCGACGCAAGUAAUCUUCUGGCAUGAUAGGUGCAAAGGAAUGGACUCCACUGGACUUGUGGCUGGUGUUCGCAAGUGCAAUUACAAUUUACAAACACUCUCGGAGGGACGCGGUUGUACUCCCUGAGUCUUGCCGCAACUUAUGCAUCAGACCCUCUCCAGUUUUCACUGAUGCCCCUCUGCCACCUUCCUGGGAAUCGUGCACAUUCUAGAUUCCGCCAUUGCUCCCGUGUUACCCUGCGCAUGCGGGCUGAGGCAUUUGAAACCUGGCCUCUCCUUGUAGUUUUAAUGAUUCGGGCAGCUCAAGCUUGUUUUUAAUUUCUAUUCCUCACUUCAGCUUCCAGCAAGCACAGCGCUUACUUCUGAAAACUGUGGUCACCCUUGGCCGCCCGCACUUGCUUAUUUCCAACGGCUCCACCAUGCUUAUUUCUUGUACUAACCGUUAUACCCCAGUCAUUCACAGAAUGGCAUUACCUCAUAAUGAUCUUACCUAAUAAUGGCAUUACCUCAUAAUGAUCUUACCUAAUAAUGGCAUUACCUCAUAAUGAUCUUACCUAAUAAUGGCAUUACCUCAUAAUGGUCUUGCCUGAUGCUGGCACUACGUCAUAACAAGUGACAACACCAUCGUCUCACGGAUCCUGCUUCACACGUCUCUCACUCCCGUCCGCCGAAUUCCAGCUCUGCACCGUGCUAUUUCUACUAAUAAUAAUUUAUGCAAUGCAGCCUCCGCGCUAGCCAUUCACAAUGUGCCCAGCUUUCCAGCAAUGUUGCCUCCAUUUCUGGGUAAAUAUUUAUACCCCUUUCUGGGUAAAUUUUUAUACCCCUUUCUCGGUAAAUUUUUAUACCCCUUUCUGGGUAAAUUUGUAUACCCCUUUCUGGGCGAUUUUUUUACUUGAGCUGCUUCUAUAAGUACCCCCUUCCCCACCCUGCCUAAGAUUUUUACCCCAAGGUGAGACCUCUUGCAGCAGCAUGUACCGGUGGUACCCCUACUUUCUACCCCAGUAGGUAUAGUCUAAUAAUAGUACUACCCAUAUCGGUACAGUGUGCGGCCUUUUAUCAUCAUCCUAACUAUUAUUUUUCUAUUGUGUGCACUUGUGUGUAUGUGACAUUGUCAGCGGUGGUAAA